UGAGGGCCAGGGCACCUGUGUCAGUGUGUGUUGUGGGGGAGAUUUGGUUAGACUGGGGGACUAGUCUGUCUGUCGGGGUCAGACAUAGAGGCACAGACAAAGCACUGUAGAGUCAGAAAGAUCUGGGCUUGAACCCUGGCUCCUAUGCUUAUUGGUUGUGUGACCUUGGGCAUAUUGCUUAAUCUCUCUGAGCCUCAGUUUCCUAAUCUGUAAAAUAGGGAUGAUAAUAUUACCUGGCUCAUAAUGGUACUGUGAAGAUUCAUUGAGAAAAUGUAAGCACUUAGCUGUCUGAUACGUAAUACAUCCUUAGUAAUUGGUGAAAUAUAAUAAUAAUUAUUGGUGGACAGAGGAGGAAAUGUCAGCAAACAAGUGCCAGACCCAAGACCUCCUCCAGGUCUGCUCUCCUCCAAGGCCUGCAUGCUGAGUGCACAGACCCACUGGCAGCUCACCAUUAGCAGCCCACCUGCCUUCCUCCCAAGGCUUCCUUCACCAGACUCCUCACUUGUCCUGCCCUAAGAUCUCUGGCCUCACCUGUCCUGUGGCCACAGUCCUGCCUGCUCUGCCUUGGGAGGAGGAAGCAGAAAGAAUGGGCAGGAGGGAAGACCAAGGGGAACAUCUCUGGAGCUGCAGCUGAGAAGGUGGAUGGCAAACAUCUGCCCCCCUGCCCUGAGGAGCCUUGUGCCUUGGCCUGAGCUGCCGGCAUGCAGGGUGGUUUGCCAGGAGGCUGUGGAAGAGCACGAGCUCCUGUGAGAGGUUGGGAGAUAGAGGCAACUGGGGAGAGCAACAUAGAGAGGAGGAAAGAUACAAAAACACAGAAAACAGGUGUCUGCAUUUAUCAAUAGCAGCAACACAAGAGCGGGAAAACCACUGCCUACAGAGGCAGCUGUUCAGCUUCGCGGGAGAGGCAGGAAGGAGGCAGAAUGAAGGCUAGAGGGAAAGGGGAGAAGAUCCAGGCCGGGCCCUGUCUCCACUGGACAUUGGGCCCUUGCUUCACCCUGUGGUGGCAGAGGAGAUGUGGGAGGAAGUGUCAGGCAGGGUCCUUGGCAGUUCUAGUUGUAGGGGCUGCAGAAACCAGAGGAGCUGCUGCAGCCACCCACUCCCCUUCCUUGGAUGUGCCUGGAGCUUGAAGGAUGAGUCACUGGGUAGGGGGCUGGGCCUCACUCUGGCUGGCAAGGCAGGCUGGACCCCCAGUGGGAUAGAGCAGACAAGGGGGGUACAUCCAUGAGCACCAGGAGUGAGGCCCUGGGUGGGACCUGACAAGGAGUAUCCCUAAGUCCAAGGAAAAGCCCCUAUCUCCAGAUCUGGCCUAGGGCCCCUAGGAGGCUGAGGAGUGGGCUGUGGCCUAGCAGUCCCUUUGCUGGCUCCUCCUCCCCCCAGGAGCCUCUAGAAGGAUCAGGGUCUAGCUCUGUCUCAGCUGGAGCCUGGCUGCCUGCUCAUUGACACAACUGGGCUGUGAGGCACUGACUAACCACUAGGCGGCAGCCUCACCCCACACCAAGUUCAGAGGCCUGAGCCAGCGCCUGCCAGGCUUCCCAGAGCCCCAUCUGGUCCUGCCUGAGGCUCAGGAAGCACCAGCUGGCAGCUCCAGACCAGUAUGGCCAUUGGACAACCUUGGUGCCUGGGGGCUUCUCCCACCCCAACACACUACAUUGCUCUCUGCCCUGUAGUUACUGCAUUCCCAGCCACUCCUCUCUCAUUCUCAGAUCAGACCCCCAGAGAAUCCUGAAAGUCAGGGAAGGCCAGGAUCUUCAACAUGAGAAAGAGAAAUUAUGACCCAGACAGGAGCAAAGAUUUCCUCCAAGACACAGAAAGAGUUGUGGCCAGGCUCUCCUCCCUCUUUCUAAAGUUCUCUUUCCAUCACUCAGGUAGCCUCCCAUCUUCGUGGGAGUUCCAAGGCCAAGAGCCUUUAAUCCCAGAGACACCAAGCAGAGAGGGGGCCUGGGGUUUGGAAGGACCACACGUCUGUCCAUAGCAGCCUAGGUCUGCUCUCAGGCCCCACCCCCGUGGGCUCCAGGGAAGGACUUGGAAUUCUAGCCGCUUCACAGCGUUUGUGUUCUGGGCAGAACCUGCCCAGCCCUGUUCCGCUCACCUGCUGAGUCCUGUCCCUGCACCUAUUCCCCCACUCCCGGUCCCAGACCAUGCCCUAGGAUGGACUCACUGCAGAAGCAGGACCUCCGGAGGCCCAAGAUCCAUGGAGCAGUCCGGGUGCCUCCAUAUCAGCCACCCACGCUGGCCUCGCUGCAGCGCUUGCUAUGGGUCCAUCGGGCCGCCACGCUGAGCCACAUCAAUGAAGUCUGGCCCAAUCUCUUCCUGGGAGAUGCGUAUGCAGCCCGGGACAAGAACAAGCUGACCCAGCUGGGCAUCACCCAUGUCGUGAAUGUCGCUGCAGGCAAGUUUCAAGUGGAUACAGGUGCCAAGUUCUACCAUGGAAUGCCCUUGGAGUACUAUGGCAUUGAAGCCGAUGACAACCCCUUCUUUGACCUCAGUGUCUACUUUCUGCCUGUUGCUCGAUACAUCCGAACUGCCCUCAAUAUUCCCCAAGGCCGUGUGCUGGUACACUGCGCCAUGGGGGUAAGCCGCUCUGCCACAGUUGUCCUGGCCUUCCUCAUGAUCUACGAGAACAUGACGCUGGUGGAGGCCAUCCAGACGGUUCAGGCUCACCGUGAUAUCUGCCCCAACUCGGGCUUUCUCCAGCAGCUCCAGGUUCUGGACAACCGACUGGGGCGGGAGACGGGGCGACUCUGACCUGGUGGGCAGCCAGGAGCCCUAACUCUCUGUCCAGCAUAGCCUGACCCAACCAGCCUGGCCCUGGGGAUAGCAGCCUCUGCUGUUUCCAGCGACCUUGAGAUGUAAAUAGCAAGUGGGGGCUUAGCUGAGGCAGAGGCAGGGAGAGCCAGGUGGUGACCUUUAGCAGGUGGAUUUCCCUGACCCAGUCUAGAGAUUCUUUAUGCAAAAGAGAGUUCAGUCUGUCUCUAUAAUAAAAGGUUCAUCAUAAUAAAGACAGGAGAUCUUCUGGUGGUUUGUGGGGCGGUAGCUUACUCCCAGGAUGGCCAGGAGGAUCCAGAAGGCUUGCCAACUCUGCUUUAGCAUGAUGGCAGCCUAGAGGAGUGUGAGUCCAUUGUCUGAAUAAAGACCAAAGUUCAAUGUGUCACCACCUUCUCCAUGCCCUCCCUAUCAAAAACCGACUAUCAAAACUCGCUGUGCACAAAUAGCAUCUCUUGAAUCCAUUCAGUCUUUUCAUUUAUACUCUACUUUCAAAAGGACUGACUAAAAUUACAGACACCUAAAAAAUACAGGCAUUAAACAAGAGGAUAGAGAUUGGGGAGGAGACACUCCAGAAAGCUUAGGUGAAGGGUGGUUAUAUGAUGGAGCAAAACAUUUAGCUCUAAGUUACUUAGUUCUUGUACCCUAAUAAAAUGAAACAAAAUAAAAAGCCCACAGGUUCCUCACCUGUAAUUGGUACAAGGUAUUUAUAAGGAUUAAAUGGGUUGUCUUUCCUCCUA